AUGUCAUCAAUGCACCCGUAUCCUUCAAAAUUCGACAGUGUUGAUUCUGUCAGAAAAUAUUUAUUAGAACCAGAUUUACCCGAAGUAGUUUCAUCAACAACUACUUCAUCGGUAGUAGGUUCUAUAAAAACAACAAAUGAUUUAAAAUCAACUAAAAGACAAAAAAAGGAAAAAGAACUGGUAGAUAAUAUGAAUUUUACGCAAAAUAAUUUAGAAACAAACAUACAAGUUCUACCAUCGGGGCGUGUCAGAUAUGGCCCAAUUACUGUUAAUCCUCGUAAACAACCAUCGAAAACAUUAUACACAGGUCGCCGUUCAAAAUAUGAACCAUUAAGUGGUGAGGAAGAACAAAAACGACUUAUGCGACGUGAACGUAAUCGCACAGCGGCUACAAAAUGUCGUGAAAAACGUGAAAGUGUUUUAAUGUCUUUGGAAACAGACUACAAUAAUCACAUGCGUCAUAAUACACAUCUUCAACAAAGAAUUGUACAUUUACAAAAACAAAAAGAAUUACUUGAGUUACGUCUUUCACAACAUACGAAUUGUUCAUUACAACAAAUGCAUCCAACACCAUCACCACAACAACCAUCUAUAAUUUUUCAUGAUACAGCUGUUAUUACAUCUAUUAUGGAAACAACAUCAGUAUUACAACCAUUACUUCCUUCGCAUCAAUUACAAUCUAUGCAAACUAACGAAGAAUUUAGUAAUUUUCUUCAACCAACGCCUGUAUUAUUAACAAAUUCAGCUUAUACUGAUUUAAAUCCAGCAGAUUAUGCUUUUUUGGAUGAACAACCGACUCAACAACAACAACAACAACCAAUAACAAUGAAUUCUAGUCUUGAACGACUUAUAAAUAGUAUAGCAUCUCCAACACCACCAUUUGUGGAUAACAAUAAUAAUUUUUCAGGUUUAUUUAAUUCAGCAUGUGGAUCAUCAACAUGUGCUCAACAACAUUCAAGUUCAAGUGAAGAUGAUUCAAUGCCACCGGUUCGUAAAAAUUCCUAUGUAUUCUAA